AUGGCGCAGCUAAUUGCAGAUCGUCUUGGCAUCAAUAUGACGCCGACGACCGUCAAAAAGUUCUCCAACGGCGAGACAUCUGUUCGGAUCCACGAAUCUGUCCGAGACGAAGACGUGUUCAUUCUCCAGACUGCAUGUGGACCGAAUUGCUCCGUGGAUGACUCCCUCAUGGAACUCUUGAUCCUAAUCUCGGCGUGCAAGACGGCUUCAGCACGUAGGAUCACGGCCAUCAUCCCCUUUUUCCCCUACUCGCGCUACUCGUUCAAGGACAAGUCUCGCGCACCCAUCACGGCCAAGUUUGUCGCCAACAUGCUCACGGUCGCCGGAUGCGACCAUGUGAUCACGAUGGACCUCCAUGCGUCGCAGAUUCAAGGCUUUUUCGAUAUUCCCGUCGACAACUUGUACUCGGAACCGAUUAUGGUAGGGUUUAUCAAGAGGUGGAUCAAGGGCUGGAAGGAGAGUGUCAUCGUCAGCCCGGACGCUGGUGGUGCAAAGCGUGCUAGUAGCGGAAACAUUGCCGAGCGCAUGCAGGUCCUCGUUGGAGAUGUGAGCGGCAAGAUUGUGAUCCUCUUGGAUGACAUGAUCGAUACUGGCGAUACGCUUUCGUUGGCUACAAACACGCUCCACGAAAACGGGGCAAGGGCCAUUUUUGUCCUCGUCUCUCAUUGCACCAUGCAGCCCAACUCUUCCUCGCUCAAAAAGCUCUCUCAGCUCCCCAUUGCGCGCCUCGUCGUCACCAACUCGCUUCCUCAGACACAUCUGAUGGAGGAAGUCAACGAGGAGACGAGAGAUACCAUUACGGACUCGACACCUGUCGACUCUCCGCGUACCACGAGCUCAAAGCUCGACUCUGGGUCCUCGGCUGGGUCAACGAAUGGGUCGAUGAAUGGAAAAUUGCCCAAUGGUCCCUCACCGACCAUGGGCGGAAAACUUACCGUGCUCGAUAUCAGUCCGCUUCUCGCAGAAAGUAUCCGUAGGACUCAUAAUGGCGAGAGUAUCAGUACUCUCUUUGGUGGAUGGGCGGAGCGAGCCGGUAUGACGGGUUCAGGUUUCUGA